AUGACUUUAGCAGACUACCAAAAGGAUCCAAAUCGUAUCGGUACCGAUUUCAUCAAGUAUUAUUAUACCAAAUUAAGUACAAAUAGCUCAAAAAUAUAUCAGCUUUAUACAAAAGAUGCAGUUUGUAAACAUAUGAACCCUACAUCCGAUCCGUUUAAGAAUCAAGCUGAAGAGAUCCAUGGCAUUGAGAAGAUCAAAAAGUAUUGGAAAUCUCAACCGCCAAUUUCUAACGCAAAAAUUGUCAUACUCACUGUAAACACCAUUCAAAAUUCAGAUGGGUCGUUAGUCAUUACUGUAGUCGGUGAAAUAUUGUUAAGGGAAGAUUAUGAUUCUGAUGAUGAUACAAUAUUACCUACUAGAACAUUCACCCAAACUUUCAUUUUGCAGCAGCAUGCUGUUAAGGAUAACUUUGAGGUUAAAUCUGAUAUUCUUACAUAUAUUCCAAAUACAGACUACAUGAAUGCGGUAAUAUAUGAGGAGGAAGAACCUGUAGAGUUAGUAGUAGUAGAGGAGGAAGAAGAAUUCCCAGAAAAGGGGGGAAGAGGUGCACUACGAGACGUAGGAGAAGCGCCAGAAGAAGAUGCAGAAGGAGAAGAAACAAAAAAACAGAAGGGAAAAUGUACACAUUUGACGGGUUCAGAAAUGGAAGAAAGCACAGCACCGGGAGGGAUAUACAACAAAAGCCAGGCAGAGACUAAUAAUAAACAGAAAGCGGUUUCAACUUUAGAAGAAGAUGUCAACAGUACAGAAGGCAGUGUCAAAAAAACAUCUAAUAUUAAUAAACCUGCGUCUACUCCACAGCCAAAAUCAGAAGUUUCUAUUUCUACCAAAGAAAUCACCCCAGAAGCUGGUAAAACAAAAGUUGCUUCUCAAUCGGGAGCCGUAUCUGGAGCUGCAACAUCGCUUCCUUCUGUGUCCGCAGCAUCAGCAUCAGCAUCAGUAUCGAAUGAUCAGAAUCAUCCUUUAUCACCACCAUCUACAGCGGCACAAACAUCAUCUGAAAGUAGUACCCAGAAAAAAGAACGUGUAUCUAGUGUUCCGUUGUCCGGUUCAAGUUGGGCAAGUGCUUUAAAGUCAAACAAGUUUGAAACUGCGGUGUCGAGUACUUCCUCCAGCCAUGCGUCGAAUAGCAAGUCUUCAAAUUCCAAGGUUACCCAAGACUUUGAAGUAUAUGUAACAUUUAAGGAUGCUUCAUCCACAUUUUCUGAAAGUUCUCUCAGAACGGCAUUGGCAAAGGCUAACUUAUCCCCAAUCAAUAUCUCACACUUUAAGAAAAACAAUGCGGUUGUUUCAUUUGAUUCCGCUGAAAAGCAAUCAAUGGCUUUGAAUAAAGGUAAGGUAAAUAGCGGAAAUGUACAAAUUAAUAUCGAAAAGAGAGAUCCAGUCAAAAAAUUUCAGAAAAGAAAACAAAAUAAUCAUAAAAACAACGAUAGGAAAAAUUAA